AAAUGUCUGGCAAAUAUGAUGUUUGGGAGAAUAAGCUACAGGAUCCAAAUGCGACACCAAUAUCUCUUCCACUAGAAUUUUUAAAAGCCAUAACACAUGAUUUUUCCGCUGAGUCGGAACUCGGCGAAGGUGGCUAUGGGGUGGUUUACAAGGGAGUUCUUCAGAGUGGGAAAAUUAUUGCUGUGAAGAAGCUUUUUGAAAUACGUCUAAAAGAUGAAACAUUCCAGAAUGAGGUCAGAUAUCUUAUGGGGAUCAAGCACCAACACAUAGUUCAACUUGUCGGUUACUGUGCUGAAUCAACAUGGGAAGCAAUAGAGCAACCAAGUGGGAGUGGGAAUCAUAUUUUUGCUGAAAUACCGAAACGGUUACUCUGCUUCGAGUAUGUAUGCAACAAAGGCCUUGACAAGUAUAUUCAGAUGAAUCUUUGGGGCUCGAAUGGAACAUGAGAUACAAGAUAAUUAAGGGAAUUUGCAGUGGUUUGUAUUUCCUUCAUGAGGAAUGCCGCAUUGUUCAUCUAGACCUUAAGCCUGAAAAUAUAUUGAUGGAUGCUGCAAUGAUACCGAAAAUCGUGGAUUUUGGUUUAUCGAGGAUUUUUGGCGAGCAGCAAUCUUGAAUUAUCACUGAUAGUCGCGCGGGGACACGUGGAUAUAUGGCACCAGAAUACCAAUUCCAGGGGGUAGUCUCCAUCAAGGCAGAUAUCUUCAGUUUUGGCGUUAUAAUCAUUGAGAUAAUGACAGGUCGGAGGGACUAUCCAUUUUUCCAGCAAGGCAGUCCUAAGAGUGUAGAUACAUCUUUCCGAUACUUCAAAGAGAAAGUGCUUAGAAUUUGGAGGAACAAAUUUGUAGCCACAUCGAAGUUUACAUCAGUGGCAAAAUAUAUGCAACAAGUAGAACAAUGCAUAACCAUAUCCCUAAAAUGUGUGGAUCCUGACACGGCGAAAAGACCUACUGCAAAGGAUAUAAUCAAAAUGCUUUAUGCAGCAGACCAGUUUCUUGACAUCCACCCGCUGGAGCUCCAGUUCCCCUUCGAAUCCAACAAGUUGAUGACAUUGCUCACUGCACUUGACAAACAACACGGAUGAAAACGUGGUGUUUAGACUGAUGGAGAAGAGACAUAACUUCUUUUGCCUGCCUCAGUAUGGUGCCGUGCCCCCGAGUACAAGUGCUAAAUAUAUCAAGCCCUUCCGACGCUUGUAUGAUUGUGACCAAUAUCUUGAGGAAACUGAGGAGUUGGGGAAUGUGGUGCAGAAGUUGACACUGAAAGCUUUUUAUGCUAUGGAUGGAGAGCCGACAUAUAAACCCACCUUUAAUAAAGAUCAUAUCCGUGGAGGAGACUGAUGUGAAGUUGUAUGCCCUAGAAGCAAACCAGAUAGAGCCAUGGAUUAUAACAGGUCAUGCAGACGGGUGUGUUGAUAUAUGGAACUGUAACACACAGAAAUCAAUGAGGUUGAUCAACGUCUCUCGGGGCAUAGUUUGUUCCGUUAAAUUUAUUGAAAGAAAGUGCUGGUUUCUGGCUGGAUCAACGGAUGGUCUGAUUAGUGUGUACAAAUACAACCGUACUACAAAAGUGCAAGCAACCACCCGUUUCAUAGCUCAUGAAGACUCGUACAGUAUCAGAUCACUGGCCGUUCAUGCAACGCAGCCCUAUGUGCUGUCAUCAUGUGGUACGCACAUAAAGCUUUGGGACUGGGACCAGAACUGGAAGUGCAGACAAACAUUCGAGGCACAGUCCACGGUAAAUCAAGUCGCAUUUAACCCGAAGGACGCCAACAGUUUUGCAAGUGCUUCGGACGAUCACACAGUAAAGAUUUGGAGUAUUGAUUCUUCAAAACCUAAGUAUACUCUCUCUGGUCAUUUGGGCGGAGUGAACUGCCUCGAUUUCUUCACAAGCAACGAUCAACAGUAUUUGAUUACUGGUUCGGAUGAUAAGACUGCUAAGAUAUGGGACAUGCAGAAAAGGAUGUGCGUCGAUACCCUGAAGGCUUUUAUGUCUCCAGUUAUUUCUUCCAUUUCCCAUCCCUGUCUUCCAUUUUUAAUUACAGGUACAAGGGAUGGUGCUAUUCAUUUGUGGAACUCCACUACUUUCAGGUAAUCACCAGAAUGUAUUCUUAUCAAGUAAGCACACACGCACACCCUUCAAAACACCUAUAUCCUUAUCAAAUAUGCAGACAUGCGCACGCACACACGCACCCUUCAGAGUUCAGAAUUUGCCACACCGAACAUAUCUGAAUUCCUAAAUGUACAUCAAACAUGUGGUUCACGCAAGUUUACAAAUGCGUGGUUUGCAUAAGUUUACAUAGCCGGUAUUUCUUCCCAUAUGAUAUGAUGAAUGGUUAUGGGAAAUUAGUAAGUGGUCCUUCGU